GGGUGAGGUGCACCUCAGGCUCUCACCCCCUUGGCCCUGGCACCCACCGUCUUGCUUCCCUUGUAGGACCUGUACCGCUGUGUUUGCCCUGCAGCUCUGGUUCUGCUGCCCACCCCUUGGGUAACACGGGCACCCCGGGAACAUGGCAGACGAAGACCUCAUUUUCCGCCUGGAAGGUGUUGAUGGUGGCCAGACCCCCCAGGCUGGUCACGACGGUGAGUCCGAGGCCGACAGUGACGAUGAGGAAGGUUACUUCAUCUGCCCCAUCACCGAUGACCCCAGGUCACACCAGAAUGUCAAUUCCAAGGUUAAUAACUACUACAGCAACCUAACAAAGAGUGAACAGUAUGGCUCCAGCGGGUCCCCCGCAAGCUCCUUCCAUUUUAAGGAAGCUUGGAAGCAUGCCAUCGAGAAGGCCAAACACAUGCCUGACCCCUGGGCUGAGUUCCAUCUGGAGGAUAUUGCCACAGAAUGUGCCAUGCGUCACAGGUACAAUGCUGUCACCGGGGAGUGGCUGAAAGAUGAAGUUCUGAUCAAGAUGGCAUCUCAGCCCUUCGGCCGUGGAGCGAUGAGGGAGUGCUUCAGGACGAAGAAGCUCUCCAACUUCCUGCACACUCAGCAGUGGAAGGGGGCCUCCAACUAUGUGGCAAAGCGCUACAUCGAGUCCGUGGACAGGGACGUGUACUUUGAGGAUGUGCGUCUACAGAUGGAGGCCAAGCUCUGGGGAGAGGAGUAUAAUCGGCACAAGCCCCCCAAGCAGGUGGACAUCAUGCAGAUGUGCGUGGUGGAGCUGAAGGACAGACCGGGCAAGCCUCUCUUCCACCUGGAGCACUAUAUCGAGGGCAAGUACAUCAAGUACAACUCCAACUCAGGCUUUGUUCGCGAUGACAACAUGCGCCUGACACCACAGGCCUUCAGCCACUUCACAUUUGAGCGUUCUGGGCAUCAGCUGAUUGUGGUAGACAUCCAGGGUGUGGGCGACCUCUACACUGACCCGCAGAUCCACACCGAGAAGGGCACUGACUUUGGAGAUGGCAACCUAGGUGUCCGGGGGAUGGCGCUCUUCUUCUACUCUCAUGCCUGCAACCGGAUUUGCAAGAGCAUGGGCCUCGCUCCCUUUGACCUCUCGCCAAGAGAGAGGGAUGCCGUGAAUCAGAACACCAAGCUGCUGCAAUCGGCCAAGACCAUCUUGAGGGGGACAGAGGAAAAGUGUGGGAGCCCCCGAGUAAGGACCCUCUCUGGGAGUCGCCCCCCCCUGCUCCUUCGCCUUUCAGAGAACUCUGGAGAUGAGAACAUGAGUGAUGUGACCUUUGACUCUCUCCCUUCCUCCCCGUCUUCGGCCACACCACACAGCCAGAAACUGGACCACCUCCAAUGGCCUGUGUUCAGCGACCUUGACAACAUGGCACCCCGAGAACACGACCAUCUGGACAACCACCGGGACUCUGAAAACAGUGGAGACAGUGGAUACCCCAGUGAGAAGCGGGGUGAGCUGGAUGACCCAGAGCCCCGCGAACAUGGCCACUCAAACGGUAACCGGAGGUACGAGUCCGACGAAGACAGCCUGGGCAGCUCCGGACGGGUCUGCGUGGAGAAAUGGAAUCUCCUCAACCCCUCCCGCCUCCACCUGCCGAGACCUUCCGCUGUGGCCCUGGAAGUGCAAAGGCUUAAUGCUCUGGACCUUGAGAAGAAAAUUGGGAAGUCCAUCCUGGGGAAGGUGCAUCUGGCCAUGGUGCGCUACCACGAGGGCGGGCGCUUCUGCGAGAAGGACGAGGAGUGGGACCGUGGGUCAGCUGUCUUCCACCUGGAGCACGCAGCUGACCUGGGCGAGCUGGAGGCCAUCGUGGGCCUGGGGCUCAUGUGCUCACAGCUGCCCCACCACAUCCUGGCCGACGUCUCUCUGAAGGAGACAGAAGAGAAUAAAACCAAAGGAUUCAAAUACUUACUGAAGGCAGCUGAAGCUGGCGACAGACAGUCCAUGAUCCUGGUGGCUCGGGCUUUUGACACGGGCCAGAACCUCAGCCCAGACAGGUCCCAAGACUGGCCAGAGGCUCUGCACUGGUACAGCACAGCCCUGGAGAUGACAGACUGUGACGAGGGCGGUGAGUAUGAUGGGAUGCAAGAUGAGCCUCGGUACACGCUGCUGGCCAGGGAGGCUGAGAUGCUGUUCACCGGCGGCUGCGGGCUAGAGAAGGACCCGCAGAGAUCAGGCGACUUGUACACACAGGCAGCCGAGGCAGCGAUGGAAGCCAUGAAGGGCCGGCUGGCCAACCAGUACUACCAGAAGGCGGAGGAGGCCUGGGCGCAGAUGGAGGAGUAGCUUGCCAGGAAAAUCGCUGCCGGCCAGUCCCAAGC